AAGACUGACAGUUCAUCUGCGCCGUAAACAAAGGUGCGUGACUGAAGCACGGGUGCAAACAACACCAACGACCACAAAAGCAACGGAAUUACGGUGUAUUUUUCACGAAAAAGUGUAUUAAUAUUUAUAUUUUACAACAUUCCAAACAUCGCUAUUUGAGAUGUGUGCCUGUGUGGCGAUCAUCGGUAAGGACAAUGCACCGUUGUACAUCGCGACCGCGAACGUGGAUAAGGAGAUCGCCCUGCAGUACCAGGUCCACGCUUCGCUGGACGUAAUCGAUGAACGGUGCGCCACCAACCAGAAGGCUGCGGCCGACGGUCGGGAACUGUACCUCGGUUCGCUCAUAUCGACCGAACAGUACAAGAUCUACGGCUACGUUACGAACACCAAGAUAAAAUUUUUGAUCGUGAUCGACGCUAGCAGCACGUCGUCAUUCCGGGAGAAUGAGGUGCGGGCAAUGUUUCGCAAUCUGCACAAUCUGUACACGGAUGCGGUAUGCAAUCCGUUCUACACGCCGGGCGAACCGCUUACGUCGGCUAGCUUCGAUCGGGCGGUGCGUGGAAUAAUAAGUGCGAAUUAA